GGAGCUGACCCAGAAAAGUAAAUUUUCUUCCCCCCUUAUGAGCUCACUCUGCAGAAACCUCAUCAGCGAAGUCUCGCGGUGCUUGGCGUGCUCUCGCUCCCGUCUCCCAAGAAGAAAAAAAAAGGGGGCUCCUCUCAUCACGGGCAGCUGACGCGGCGCUGGGAGCUGGCGGGCACGAAAAGAGGGAGCUGCAGGUAUGGAGCAGAGGUGAGAGUUAAUCCAUGGAUGACCAGUUAGACCCCUGCAGUGCACCAACAUCAUGAUGAGCUCCAUCCGACCACAGGCUACGCUAUAGCUGCCAUCUAUCUAUCACCAUGCUGAGAGAGAGCUCCUGGACCCUGACUCUGUUGCCAUGGUGACCCUGUAGCAAGUAACAGUCACCAUGGGAACGUCCAGGAUGUUCCGCGUCUUCGUCGUCCUGGGCUCGGCCUUCAUGAUCCUCCUGAUCAUCAUCUACUGGGAUGACGUCGGAGCAUCACAUCUGUAUUUGCACACCCCCGUCUCACCGGGCCCCAAAAUCCCUCACCCAGCUCCCGCCCAGCCGCAGCCUCAAACCUCCCGAACCCCAUCCUUCCUGUCCGACAUCGAUGCCUUCGUUAACCAGUUUCUAGAGCCGGGAACUGGUGAGCCCACAGACCCUGUUCCUGCUGACACAAGUAACCAAUCAGAGAAGGCAGAGGAGCGAUAUAUACCGCGGCGGGAGUGGAAGAUUCACCUGACUCCAGUGGCAGCAGAGCUCCGUGAGAGACAGGAGCAGCGGCGGAGGUUACUGCAGGAGAUGUGCGCGAAUGACAGCGUGGUGUUUCCGGGCAAAAACCGUUCGUUUGACGACAUUCCCAACAAGGAGCUGGAUCACCUUAUUGUGGAUGACAGGCAUGGCAUUAUCUACUGCUAUGUUCCUAAGGUGGCGUGCAGUAACUGGAAGCGCAUCAUGAUCAUCCUCAGUGAAAGCCUGCUGAGGGACGGUGUUCCCCAGAGAGACCCACUGGCCAUCCCCAGGGACCUGGUCCACAACAGCAGCAUGCACUUUACCUUCAACAAGUUCUGGAAACGUUACGGCAAGUUUGCAAAGCACCUCAUGAAGGUGAAGCUGAAGAAGUACACCAAGUUCCUUUUUGUGAGGGACCCCUUUGUGCGUCUCAUCUCUGCCUACCGGAAUAAAUUUGAGCUGCCCAACGAAGACUUCUACCGGCGCUUUGCGCAGGUCAUGCUGCGCCGCUACGCCAACCAGCCGACGCCUCCUGCCUCGGUGGAUGAGGCGUUCAAUGUGGGUAUCCACCCCUCCUUCUCCCAAUUCAUCCAGUACCUCCUGGACCCUCAGACUGAGAAGGAGAUGCCCUUUAACGAGCACUGGCGGCAAGUGUAUCGGCUCUGCCACCCAUGCCAGAUCCAGUAUGACUUUGUGGGCCAUCUGGAGACGGCCGAGGAGGACGCCGAGCACCUACUACGCCAGCUGCGGGUGGACAAUGUGGUGGAGUUCCCCACCUCUCAUAGGAACCUCACGGCCAGCAGCUGGGAGGCUGAUUGGUUCAGCACAGUGCCUGUUGAGGCGAGGAGGGAACUCUACAAGCUGUACGAACCUGACUUCAGGCUCUUCGGGUACCACAGACCGGACUCGAUUCUCAAUGAGUGACCCAGACACGCACGCACCAACACACGAACACACGCACAUACAGUUUUUUUUAAUGUCAUGAAAUAACACUACACUUCAACAACAGUGACACCUCUAUAUGUUCUGGGCUUUGCAGAUGUGUUGUCCACUCUUACUCUACACUGAAUGUGCACAUUAAUAAAGGGGCAAUAUGUAAGAAAUGUAACACAUUAAAGAAUUAACUAAAAUCAUCAACACUUGGACCUCAGGGACAUCUGGCCCCAGAGGUCCAAGUUUGAACAGCUAACUGCAGUUACAGUAAGAGGCAGUCAGAGGUUGUUCUGGUGAUAUGCUGCACCAUAUUUGUUUAUUGAGUAUUGAAUAGUUCUUACAUAUUGCAUCUUUAAGGACUGCUCUGAGGAAGCACACUAAUGAGGUGAAGCCAAAUGAUUAAUGGCCAUUAUUGUUUUACUUUUUAAAUCUAAGGUAACGAGAAGCACACGAGUUAGAGGGAGGUAGCGGAGGUGUUGAUUUGCAAACAGCGGGUGUCCGAAGAUGCUUCACAUUCAGUGUAGUCCUCCUAUCAAAACUCCCCACUGAGUUUGAUGUCACGCCCCGUCUGUCAUUUUUGAAGCCACAUUUGUGUCGUGACAACACAGGCUUCGUAGCUGGAUAUUUGAAACCUCGCUGAAAAGAUGUCACAGAGUCAUACUCUGACACAAUCACAGAUGCAUUGGAAAUGUGGGCGACAAGGUGGUACUUGAUUAGUUUAAGGUGUAGUUGCACUAAAGUAUUAAUCGUCAUCUAAUUUAUUUCACAUUAGGCGCAAGUGCAAUGUUUAUGUAAAGCAUUAAAGGGAUUUUCAUGUUGAACACGUACAAUUGACAGCUAUCAACAUCAGAGACAGGAGGAAUUAUUUUAUACCUCAUUAACACACUCAUAAGGGAGACUGUCAUAUGUUGCAUAACACACACUGCACCACAUUAACAACAAACCAUACUGUGUCGUCAAACCUGUAACAUUUCAGCAUGGAGAAGUCCAUUUACAUUUUAGACAUUUUAGCAGCUUGCGUUAUUCAACAUGAUACCACAUGUCAGACUGACGCCUCCUCGUAUACUGUAGAAGCACAGCAGCAGCGUCAGCGAGCAGCAGACUGAGGAGCUGGAUGUGUCUCGGCUUGUCUUUGAGGCAGAAAACUUGAGUUUGAACAUUCUUUUGUUCAUAUCUCAGCUGGAUGUACACAGGCGAGCAUCUGUGUGCUUUUCUAAAGGGAACAUACUCAGUACUUUUUUUUUGCUUGAGUUUUAUCAUCAGCAUUUUUUCAUGUUUGCAGUUAUUCACACUGAACUACUUUAGGUAACCCUGGAGACUGCAGCAGUGUUGAUGUCUCCCUCUCUCAAUAUGAUGGACACUUUUAAAGGGCAGUAUUUUCAAGGACGAAGUAUGUUGUAGCGAGGAACUGAGCACAUUACGAGGAGCCAGAGGGAGUGUUUUUCGGUGUGUUGCUAAGAUGCAUUACUCCACAUGUUUGGUCAACGCUUGCAUAUCAAAGGUCCAGUGUGAGUGAUUUAGGGGCAUGUAAUGGUGAGGCUGCAGAUUGCAAUUAACUGAACAACCCUUGUCUCACCUGCAAAAAGCGAGAAAUGUGAAAGUCCCUCUCUGGAGCCAAUGUUUGCAUUGUCCAUUCUGGGCUGACGUAGAAACAUGGCAGCCUUCAUGGUAGAGGACCCACUCGCUCUGUAGAUGUAAAAGUCUCUUUCUAAGGUAACAAAAACACAAUGAUUCCUACUUUCAGGUGAUUAUACAUAAAUUGAUAAAACAUAAUUGUAAGUAUUGUAUCCCAUUUCUGGCCCUAAAUUCACACUGAACCUUUAAGUACAGCUGGAACAUUUCAGGAUGAGGCUGUUGUCAAUGUUAAUCAGUUUCCAAGUGAUGUUUCAAUCAAAGUUAGAAUCAGUGUUAAUCACAACAUGAUCUGGACAAGGAUCAGGCUACAUGUUUUAUACGAGAAGAUGAUUAAGAUAGUGCCUUUUGGUUGCAAAAGUUUACACCGCAAAAAAAAGAAACAACGUAUUUUUGUAGAAGGACUUAAUUUUUACUUGGAACACAAUACAGUGAGAGCUGUAUGAAGCCACAACAAGGUAUAUUUGAUAUACUGGGCCUUGUUUGUCAUGUAUGAUUAUUCUUUGGAAGGACAAGGAGACAAAAGAGCCCUUCAGCUCAACUGUCUUCAUGGGGAUUUGUAUUGAUUCAUGAUGCUGUGAGGACUCUGUCAGUGUGCAUGUGUGCAGUGCAUUACUGUGUAUCGUGGAGCAGAUAGGAUUACUGUGUGAUCUGUGUUGUAUGUGAUGUCAUUGAUGUGCUCGGUGCCACAUUGUUCUGCAAAUCAUGAAGAUGUUCACACUAUUGACUCAGUGUUGUCCACUGCCUUUUGGUUUGUUUGUUUUGUAAGUGUACAGUAUUUGACUGUUUUUUAUUAUUAUUAUUUUUAAUCAAACAUUGACUCCUGAAUGAAUUACUUGGCAUCAAUGGCUGGUUUUCCCAAAAGUGUGUCAUCAUUACUUGGUGCGUUUUCCAUGUUUGUCUAAAUGUUACACACAGGAAAGCAGAGAAAACCCAGAACACUCCCUUUUAGCAGGUUUUGGUCAGAUUUUCAUCUCUUUUGGAUUUUUAUUUUGUUCUUUUGUUGUAUUUUCCUCAUGUUACUGUCCUGAGCUUAACUGUGUGAGCAGUUUCCUCUUUGUCCGUUUUCUUCAAAAGUGCAAACAACAACAUGGUAGUAUGGAAUAAUGUUGUAAGGCAAAGGGAAACAGUUUAUUUAUUGGCAGAAUAUAACCUAUGAGCACAUGCUGCUUUCGUUAAGGGAAAUCUGUGUGAAUGACUCUUUCCAAAGCGUAGAGUCUUCAUCAUCUCUGUCCACAGUGAGCGGACGCUUCAACAACAUUCAUGCUCUGAACAGCUUGAAGGCUUGUUGAAGCUGCAGUGCCAAACCUGCUCCUAUAUUUUGACCUCAUGCCAACUUCUAACAUUAAAUCGUGCCACAGACAAAAAAAAGAGAAAAAACAUCUAUUUUUGUGGUUCAUGUGUUUGUGAAAGAAAAUCACAAGAGAGCUUUCAGUCGGCCAAUCUUGUUCCUUCACUCAUACAUCGGGAAAAUGCACAGUAAUCAUUCAGUUUUAUCAGUGUCAUGGUGUUGUUCAUCAUCUGGUCUUUGUACAAGAGUAAUAAAGGUUGUGGGCAUGAUGGAGAA